GUUUUGUUUGUUUUCUACUUUCUUGUGAAGAGAGAGAAUUUCUUCAAUAAUUUCAGUUGAAUUUUUCAAAUUUGAAUCUAUAUUUAAUUUAAUUACACCAGGGCAAGAUCUUGCAGUGAAACUUGUCAUGUUUAUUCACUAGCCUCAAAAGUUAGUUAACCUUUUAAUUGAGAAUUUGGAUUCAUUUAAAGGGUCAAUAUUUAUUUGCUGAAAACUUUUAAAACUGCUCAUAAGAUGCCCCGAAAUAAAAUAAACCCGGCUACCAUUGCCGAACCCGUUAGAAAAUCAACCCGAAACAAAGCAGAAGUCCCUCAGAAUAACGUGAAAAAUGAGAAGGAUACAGAAGAAAGUCAUAAUUUAUUUAUAAAGCAAGAACUAGUGGAGUCACCUCUUGAUACUACACCACCAAAGUUUAGUGAGUUUAAAUAUGAGAAAAAAACCCAUGUCAAAAUUGAAUAUGAGAAGGAAUCCCCCAAAAAAGAGGAUGGAGGUUUGUGGGAGCCCCCGCAUUGGCGUGAUUUUCUGCUAAACCUCCGUAACAUGAGGGCGAACAAGGAUGCUCCAGUAGACACCAUGGGUUGCCAUAAAGCUAUGGAUGAAGAAGCUUCUCCCCAAGUUAUGAGAUAUCAAAGUUUGCUGGCACUGAUGCUCUCAAGUCAAACAAAGGAUCAAGUUACUUUUGCUGCCAUGGAGCGGCUGAAGGCGCGCGGGUGCACAGUUGAUAAUAUUCUCCAGCUCAGUGAUGAGGAACUAGGGAAGUUGAUCUAUCCUGUUGGUUUCUGGAAGACUAAAGUAAAGUACAUAAAGAAGACAACUCAGACCCUGAAAGAGCAGUACAAUGGUGACAUUCCUGAUUCAGUAGAGAAACUGUGCAAGUUAACAGGGGUUGGACCCAAAAUGGCUCACAUAUGCAUGCAAGUAGCAUGGAAUAAAACUACAGGAAUUGGAGUGGACACACAUGUACACAGAAUAAGCAACAGAAUAGGCUGGGUGAAGAAACCUACAGCCACACCAGAAGAUACUAGGAAAGCCUUGGAAUCAUGGCUUCCCUUUGAUCUUUGGAGUGAAGUAAAUCACCUUAUGGUGGGCUUUGGACAAACCAUUUGUCAACCAAUUAGUCCCAUUUGCAAUGAAUGCUUGAACAAUGACAUAUGCCCAUCAAGAGGCAUAGGAAGGAAGUCACCCAACAAAUCGCCUAAGAAAACUCCCAGCAAACAAGAACCUAAACAUGAAUCAGAUGAUGAUUUUGACAUGAAAAUAGACAAUAAGUUAAAUAUUCCUAAAAAAGCACCCAAGAGAAAAAUUACGCCAGCAAAAACCAUUUUAAAUGAUAAGAUAGAGACUAAUGUUGAAAAAGUUAAAUUAAAUAAGUCACCAAAAAUAAACAUUGUGAAAAUUGAAGAUCCUAUAAAUGUAGAAACAAAGAAAGUCACACAAAGAAAAGGCAUUCCCAAAAAGGUUACUCCACAAGAAACUGCAGCAAGUUGUGAGCUUGAAAAUCAACUAUUACCUGAUUCUACUAAAACGACAUCUAAAAGAAAGCCACAAAAAACUAAAUAGAAAAUAAACAAACAAAUUUAAAAUUUUAAAAAAUCAUCUACUUAGGUACUUCAUUGUAUCUGAAUCAUGAUUGGUAAUAUGCUAUACAUUACUAUGUGAU